GGUGACGGCUUACUAAAGUUAAGUGUUUACUACUGCCAUGAAAUGAUGGAGAAUUUCCCAGUAGCCAGUUUCGACGAGCUUGAACCUUGGUCGAACCGUAGGUCGGUGCUAUGAGGGCUCCCAAUCUCUUUUUAAUAAUCUCUUGGAUCAGCGUCAGCUGUCGACUUUAUACUCGCACUUGUAUACUACGGUCUCCAUGGUGGGACGAUCUUUUUGUUUUGUUAUACCCAUUGGUGACCACGACUGGCUCUAUUGCCGUUUGUUCGUCCGUCAAUCAUGGCCUUGGCAAACAUUUUCUCACUCUGACAUCAAUUGAGCUAAUUGAGUUUUUGAAGUGUUUUUUUGUUGCAAAUGCAGCAUACACUAGCGCGACGACCUUCAUCAAGCUUACUUUGCUCUUCCAGUACAUGCGAAUUUUGGACCGAGGUACAAGGACUUACAUGAUCUGGGUGAUUGUUGCAAUUUUUACCGCACUAUGGGGAAUUGCAUUCUCAUUCCUCCUCGCAUGGGUCCCGCGUAUCCCCGUUUCUGAAUUCUGGACACAGUCUUCGGAUGGAUUUUGCUACGGAUUCGGAGCCAAAACCCCCCACGAGACUGCUCGUCACCUAUAAGACACAUACUUCAAUCAAUGUGGCACUGGACGCAAUAAUUUUGAUUGUUCCUCUCCAGAUUAUUUUGAAACAGGCCACAAAUUUCCC